CGCAGAAUUUCGUGUUUGACUGUUCCGAAGCGCCUAUAGAUACCCUUGUUUUUCUUGUAGAUAUUGCUCCCCGUACCCCGACUGCCGGCAUCCACAUCGACGCGUCACAAAUUUCACCCCGCCAUCGGCCACAGUCAACAUGGCCGACGUAGAAGAAGUCGAUCUCUAUGAGGUGCUCUCCAUCUCCAAGGGCGCGUCCAAGGCGGAGAUCAAGAAGGCCUACCACAAGGCCGCGCUGGCGCACCACCCUGACAAGGUCGCAGAGUCUGAACGCGCCGAGGCCGAAGUACGCUUCAAAGCAGCCAGUCAAGCAUACGAGAUCCUCUUCGAUGACGACAAGCGACACCUCUACGACACGCACGGCAUGGCCGCCUUUGACCCUUCGCGAGGAGGCGGCAUGGGCGAGGGACCCGACAUCAAUGACAUCUUCGCGCAAAUGUUUGGCGGCAUGGGCUUCGGAGACGGCAUGCCAGGCAUGGGUGGUAUGCCCGGUAUGGGUGGAAUGGGUGGUAUGCCAGGCGGAAGGAGACAACCGCGCAAAGGGCAGAACGUAGAGCGCGAGUACGAGGUGUCGCUGGAGGAGCUGUACAAGGGCAAGACUACCAGGUUUACCAACACCAAGCAGGUGGUGUGCGAAAAGUGCAAGGGCAGCGGUGGCAAGGAGGGCGCCAAGGCCCACCAGUGCAGUCAGUGCAACGGGCAGGGUCAGAGGGCUGUUCUUCGACAGGUGGGCCCCGGUCUCGUGACCCAAGAAACCGUUCCUUGUGGUACCUGCUCCGGUACUGGAGAGAUUAUCCCCGAAAAGAACCGCUGCAAGAGGUGCAAGGGAAAGAAGGUCGUAGAUGGCAAGAACGUCGUCGAGCUGUACAUCCCUCGCGGAGCCCGGGAAGGCGAACGGAUAGUGAUCGCCAACGAAGCAGACCAGAAACCAGACCAAGAGCCGGGAGACGUUGUUUUCGUGAUUACAGAGUCGCCACACGACACCUUUGAGCGUGCAGGAGCAGACUUGAAGGCCGAUCUACACAUUACUCUCGCCGAAGCGCUGACCGGCUUCAAUCGCGUUGUCCUCAAACACUUGGACGGCCGCGGUGUUCAACUGAACGUCAAGCAGCCCGAAGGGAAGGUCCUACGGCCAGGCCAGAUCCUGAAGGUUCCCGGUGAGGGCAUGCCGAUGAAGCGCAGCGAUGCCAAGGGCGACUUGUACCUCGUAGUCGAGAUCGAAUUUCCGGAAGACGGCUGGCUCAAGGAUGACGCUGCGAUCAAGAAGGUCCGCGACGUGCUGCCAAAGCGAGACGAGGACGAAGAGAAACCGGAAGAAGUCGAAGAGGUUGAGUUCGAAUGGGAUGCGGAUCCGGAAGACUUUGGUGCGGGUAGCGGCGACCCACGCGCCGGAGGUGGAUGGGAAGACGAUGAGGAAGAAGAGGGCGGACCGCAGUGCGCGACACAGUAAACGACUUGGAAAAAUUGCAUUGGGAGGCGUUUGCGGGAAACCUAGACGUAGGAUCAACGGGAUCACGAUAUGUGCAUUAGAUCACGCUUAGAUAUCGUAGCGUCUCAUGUGGGCGUGUGCGUGCAAAACAUUCGGCAUUGCAAGUUGUCCAUGAUACUCAGAUCGUUCAC